AUGGUAAGCCCCAAAUCCUCUUGCCUCUGGCCCUUGGAUUGGUACUUGACUCCAGAGACUUGCACAGAGCUGGACCCCAAUUCCCACACUAAGGAUGACCAGCGGGUCACAAGCCAAGCCCUGACACUGGCUUGGCCUUUGCAGAGCGGCGGGUAUGAUCUCAACCUCUUCACUAGCCCUCCCGACGGCAACCUCCUGUGUUCUGUCUGCCACGGGGUUCUCAAGAGGCCGGUGAGGUUGCCAUGCAGCCACGUCUUUUGCAAGAAGUGCAUCCUCCGGUGGCUAGCCAGAGAAAAGACCUGUCCGUGCUGCAGAAAAGAGGUGAAACGUAAAAAGAUGGUCCAUAUGAAUAAACUCCGAAAGACCAUUGGUCGCCUGGAAGUUAAGUGCAAGAACGCCGAAGCUGGCUGCUUGGUGACAUGCCCCCUGGCACAUCGCAAGGGACACCAGAACUCAUGCCCUUUCGAGCUAAUGGCUUGCCCCAACGAGGGCUGCAUGGCACAGAUGCCGCAUGAGGCCUUGGCCGAGCACCGGCAGCACUGCCAGCAUGGUACCCAACAGCGUUGCCCCCUAGGCUGCGGCGCCACCCUGGACCCAGCAGAGCGUAUACGCCACAACUGCCACCAAGAGCUGCGUGAGGCCUGGGACCAACACCAGGAGCGCAGCCGGAACCUGGUGCUGUGCCUGCUACGGCGCGUGCGCAAGGUGCACCGCACCACGAACCUCCUCCGCCGUGGGUUGGCCCAGCUAGGAGACUUCCUGGAGAACGACUCGCUGGUUUUCCGUGCCCAGCAGGAGAAUGCGGAGGCAACCCCAGAAGGCAGCAUUGGUGCUGAGGUUUGGGAAGUCCAGGGCCAAAGUGCCUUGUAAAUUGAGAGGUGAAUAAAUGCAAGCCCUGAUCUG